AUGGAACAAUAUGAUGGAAAACGUUUAUGCCACGACGGAAACCUGUAUCACGAAAAUGAAGCGUUAAGAAUUUGUCUUAAGCUACGAAGACUAGAGGUCAUUUUCGGCACCAUUCCUAUAAUAAAAUUAGUACUGCAACUUUGGGAAGAUGAAUUCGAUACCAAGUCGUUGCAACAUCUCAUUAACGAUGAGGCAGAGUUUGUGCCCAAAAUGAUUUUAUUUAGUUUGGUUUCGAAUAUUCCAAACUUGCAAAAUUUGCUGAUUACUGGUGAUGCCCACCAGUUGCCCCCUUACACCGGAUCAAUUCCUAAAAAGAUAGUGUUUUUAGGACACGAGAGGAUUAUCCAAAAACUAAUGAUAAGUAACUCAGUAAAGCAUGUAGUAUUAAUACAAAACUUUAAAAGUCAUCCGAAAAUUGUGAAGGCACUGUCAAAAGCAGCCUCUUACGGUGACUUAACUUCAGUGUUGACUUCAGACAAAAGGGACUGA